UCUCUGCUGACCUGACUCCAAUGGCUAAGACUGACUCGAACGAUCCCCCUCCUCCCUACUACCCCACCUCCAUGCAUACCCUGCCUCCCCUCAAGUCCUAUGAGGAGGUGGUGUACGGCGUGGGUCCAGGCCUGACACCCCUCAGCCACCCGCGCUACAUCCCCCGAUAUUCAACACAAGUGGUUGUUCCCCAAGUCACAGUGCAAAGUACACCCCCCUGUAAAAAGAGGAGGGGGUGCUGCAACAAUAAGUGUUACGGAGGGUCAGGGGGAACCUUGCUGCUGCUCGGCCUGCUGGCUCUGGCCAUCUGGCUUGGAGUACGUUACGGCACCCGUUUGGCUACACUUGCAAUCCUCCACAACAAUAUCAAAAACUCCACCUUUGUGCAACAAUUCCAGUCAAGUAUCGACUCCUGUCCAAAUACUACAGUGAAAUGUGACGGGAUAAGAGACUGUGAAUUGGGCUCUGAUGAAGCAAACUGUGUGAGGUUUGACCGUGAUGGAAGUCUGCAGGUCAAGACGUCUAUGGAUAACCGCUUCCUACCCGUGUGCUACAAAGGCUGGAACCAGAGCCAUGCUAACCAGACCUGCACCCAGCUAGGGUUCAGAAACUCCUUUUCCACCAAAGCAGCAACAGCCCCUGAGUCCACCAGUCUAACAGUGACCAACAAUUCAUCUGUGCCUAUCCAGGGUCGGGUAAAUGUCAGUCCUUCCUGUCCAAACCAGGAGAUUGUCUCCCUGCAGUGCAUUGAAUGCGGAAAGCAGCAGUCCACAGCCCGGAUCAUUGGUGGCAGUGCUGCUAAGUCUGGUCAGUGGCCCUGGCAGUUGUCACUUCACUACAGAGGAUCUCACAUCUGUGGAGCAGUCCUGAUCUCUAAUGACUUUGCUCUAACAGCCGCUCACUGCUUCCCGAGAGACAGUAACACAACAGAGAAGUGGGAGCUCUACGGUGGAGUGGUGAAUCUAGACUCCCUGCCUCAGCCGUACCAGGUGGAGAAGAUCAUCCUCAACGAGAACUACAACAGCAAGACUAAUGACCAAGACAUUGCUCUGCUCAAACUCUCAUCACCUGUUGCUUUUAAUGAUAAAGUACAGCCUGCUUGCCUCCCAACAUAUGACAUGACAUUACCCCAUGGAACCAAGUGCUGGACCUCAGGUUUUGGCACAACUGAUGAGGAAGCAGUCGGUGUCUCCAAGGAUCUUAUGGAGGUCGCUGUGGGCAUCAUUAGUCCAUCAGUGUGUAAACUCCCCCAUGUGUAUGGUAAUGCUUUGACCAGGAACAUGAUCUGUGCUGGGAACCUGCAGGGAGGAAAAGACUCCUGUCAGGGUGACAGUGGUGGACCUCUUGUGUGUAAACAUGGGAAUCAAUGGUACCUGCUUGGGAUCACCAGCUGGGGACAUGGCUGUGGUAGAGAAAACAAGCCGGGAGUUUACACCAAAGUCAGCAGUCUUGUGCCCUGGGUCUACAGCACGAUGCACCAAGAGAAACCGUGACGGCUCAGGCUGCUGGUGGUCUAACUCCUGUCUUCAUGAAUGAACCUGCACUAUGAAGCUGCCUCAGAGAGGCAGGUGGAUUUACACUUACAGAGUAAAGGGAUGCGUAAAAGUAGCUUAAUAGUUUAGGGGAGCAAAAGCAUGACAAGUGCACAACUUUAACACAACCUCUGUCUCUAUGUUCUACAUCAUAUAAUAUAUUCAUCCUCUUUUAUGUGGCUGUUAAAUGUAUUACCUGAAACACAUUAAUCAAUGCACUAACUUCACUUAGUGACAUACUUCUUCUGUCCCUUUAUAUCUCACUCACAGUUUACUCAUGUUUACCUAUUACCCCUUAAAGAUGGCUGGCCCUUCUCCCAUGUCUUCUGUGCCAAUGAAAUAGUCAACUCUGUCGUGAUCUUCCAAUGCUUAGAUAAUGAUUGUGGAUGUGUUUUAUCACAGGUACACAUCUCAGGUUUUUUUAAAUACACUGUUGUUUACCAUAUUCAUGUAAAAGGACACUUUAUGCAUUCACUUUGCGAUGAAGGAAAGCAGUGGCACUAUGUGCACCUAAACCUCUUUUAUGCACACUGUGAAUUUUUCUUACAUUGUAUAUCAAUGUGUGUGUGUGUGUGUGUGUGUGUGUGUGUGUGUGUGUGUGUGUGUCUGUGUCUGUGUGUGAG